AUGAGCGCCGAGCCUGAUGUGAUUAGAAAGUGUAUGUGGCCGGUGUGCCUCGUGGGUCUGUUUGUCACCGGCAUCCUCUCUCUGGACUGUAACUUGCUGAAUGUUCACCUGAGGAGAGUCACCUGGAAAAAUCUGAGCCUUCUGAGAAGGAUGAGCAAGUCAUUUCCUAUAGAGUGUCUAAGAGAAAGCAAAGCUUUUGAGUUGCCCCAAGAGAUCCUCUCACACACCCAGCCUCUGACGAGGGACAUUAAGGAGGCCUUCUAUGAAAUGUCCAGACAGGCCUUCCACAUCUUCAUUCAAGACACCUUCAAAUCCACUUGGGAAGAGAAACACCUGAGACAAGUCCAAAUCGGACUUGAUCAACAGCUGCAAUACCUGGAACAAUGCUUGGAAGAAGAGGAGGAAAACGAAGACGUGAGAGAGGUGGCAGAGGAUGAGCGGACACAGUCAGGAACUCCAGUCCCCCAGCUGAGCAACCUAGAGCUGAGGAGGUAUUUCAACAGGAUAGACAGGUUCCUCAAAGAUAAGAAAUACAGUCACUGCGCCUGGGAGAUCGUCCGAGUGGAAAUCAGAAGAUGCUUCUACUUCUUUAAUAAAUUCACAGCACUACUCAGGAGGAAAUAA